CUAUUGCGCAGUUGCCUUGUCAUUAUAUACUAGCCUUCAGUUUAAACAAAUUUAUUUACGCACUGAUAAAGAAAUACUUCUCUGGAGCUACUUUUUGUUAUAUUUAAGAGGUGUUUUCGAUGGGCAAAUGAAAUGUGUUUAACUUAACAUGUAUAUCUAGACAGAACAAAAUGGGGAAUUGGCUUCAAAGGUCAAGAGCGGAGCGUUCAUUUGUCAAAAGAGAACAUAACAAAGAGCUGAGGUCUACAAUUGGUAAAUCCACAGAAUCUUCGAGUGGCUACGGUAGUGUGUCGAACAGUGUUAUACGAGAUGCUGGUCCUCCUGGCAGAUCAAAUUUCAACAAAAGAAAGAUUUUAAAAAACUUUCGAUAUCUCAAACGAGAAUUAGAACCGGAUCCCUUGAUCGACAGAUUCGUUCAGGAUGACUAUUUUGAUGAUUUCCACAUUGACACGCUGGCAAGCGAACCAAGAAAAAUAAUGAAAAACGAUGUAUUUCUACGGAUGCUUUUGCGCCUUCCAAGUGAAGCUUUCAAAAAAUUCUUGGAAUACUUGUCUGAACAAGAUGUACAGCAAGACUACAUACGUGUUCGACUUGAAUCUUCCGUAGAAGAAAAUACUUUUGACCUUCCGGGGGUUCAAUUCAGUUUACCAGAUGUAAAACAGAACUUGGUGGCGUAUAAAAAUCUUCUUUUAGAACAGUUGGAGCCAGAAUUAAUCGCUGACUUUUUCUUGGAAUUUGAAGUACUAACUGUUUCUGAAUACGAAGACGUUAUUCAACCAUUUCUGUCUAGACGUGAAAAAUGCAAACUCCUUUUGCACUUGAUAUCAUCAGGAAGACCUGAACAUGAAGAGGAAGGUUACAAAGUGCUUGUCUUUGCUUUAAAAGAAAUAAAAAGGAAUGACCUUGCUGAUUUAUUAACGCAACAUGAUAACUUCCCCACGCAAGGAACACACGAUGCAUCGAGUCACGAGCGAAAAGCGUGCACACGGCAGUUGAAAGUAGUAUCAGAGCCGACCAACUGUGACAAAACCUCUUUAUCUGCAAUUAACGAGCAUGUUACUGGAAACAGGGAUUUGUACCUGCUGGUUCGAGUAAAAGGCUUAGGCAGAGAACAUGAGGAGAGGAUCAUAGACGAAUUGAAAACAUCUGGAAUGCAAAGUUUAAACGGGCAUUUAAUAUUACAUGCUUCAGCCGUUGUCCAAAAAAUUGACAGGGGUUCCAUUAUAUUUGAGAUUCACAUUUGCAAUUCGAGGUAUCGUGCAUCAAUCGGAAACCAUGGUUUCAGUAUUGUCAAGACGGUCGUUGAACUAGUUGAAAUGGCACUUAAUCAACAGGGUGUAGCACGGAUUUUAUCACCGUCUGAAAUUAAGUUGCAAAUAAGCAUAAAGCCUUUAUUCACAUCCUCAUUGGGCGAUAGUGGGAAACCGUUUCGGUUAAUAAAGCAUCGAGAUCACCUUGCCGAUAAUAUCCAAGUCCAUACCUUCUUGGAUUCGAUGCUAAGAGAAAGAAUUUCGUUUUCAAAAGAUGAGCUGAGCGCAAUGUACUUUCGAAGGGGAAAAAGCUCAAAAGAUGCGAACUAUAUGCUGAUAGAUCACGUUGUGACCAAAAAGAAAAUAGCGAUCGCAGCAUUCACAGACACACUGAAAAAAACAAACAGAACACUGUACGCGACGCUUUUGCCUGAGUUUCCCCCAAGACAUGAGAGCGAUAAGAGAAUUUACCAGAUUGCUCGAAAUAUGGAAGGUUACUUCGAAGAUCUCCUUGAUAACAUUUCACCAGGAGUUAUUGCAAAUGCUUGCCGUUCCCUCCCUCUCUCAUCGUCAACAUUUGCAACACUGGAGAGAGAACACGAUAGGGUCGUCAGGACAAAAGCGUUGCUUCUUGGUGUUAUGGAGUUGGGUCCAUAUAACAGAUACAUGUUUAUAAAAAUUCUACAUUAUUAUCAACAACUUCCGACAGCAACUCUGGAAAAUGAAGAUUUGAGGGAGAGCGUCAUUUUUCCUGAACUGAAGCACCUUGACAAGCGUGUAAACCUGGGACGCUUUAGUUUUGACUCACCACAAUUUUCAAAGCAAGGAAAGCAUGUUCCAGAAGAAUCGGUCACAAGACGUGUUUUAGAAAACGCCUUAGAAAAAACAGGCCAACCUGGAACAAAAGAUGAAUCACGUGAUUCAGCCUACGAAAGCAUAAGAAGUGACAAUCACUCUAUCCAUGAAGUGAGAUCAGAUGUUUAUAAACUAGUAAUGAAAAAGGAAAGAAUUUAAAGGAUCGUUUCUAAACCAUGAUAAACAUGAUGGAUAGAGACCUUAAGAAUAAGCCAACGACAACUGUGUACCAAAGGAGGUUAUUUGACCCUAAUUUAACAAACAUUUUGAGUUGUAAUAGUCAAGUUUAGGAUCAUUACAUCGAUAUUUCCCAAACUUGCUGUGGGUAUACUAUCUGUUUUUUGUAAACUUUAUUCAUACUAUAUAUACAAAUAAGGUCAUUUUCGGUAUGUUCUUUACCUCGAUUCUUGUACAGGUGAUGUGAGAAGUAACAAUAUUUUUUUAUUGUACGUUCACAUACAAAGAUGUGAGAUUAAUUUGAAUUAUACCCGUCCAAAUCAGUUAAUAACGAGUAUCGGAAAUUUACAUAUCUACAUCAAUUGGUAGUUCGUACCAUAAGAACUUCUCAGAAGUAACCAGCAAGAGCAAUUUGCUAACAAAACGCUAUCUACACAUGUAAAUAGAACAUGACAAUAGUGCAUGAUUUAAGCUACGCCAAUGGGGGUUAAAAAUGUUGCUGUUUGUGUCUGUUGAACUAAUACAUGCUUAAACAAACAAACAAAAACACUUAUUGAUUGCUCAACCGUUUUUAUUUUCGGUCAAAACAAUCUGGCUGUUAAGCUUAACAUUAUGUUGUUAUGUUUACCUUCAAUAAGUGGUAAUUUUAACUUUGAUCUGUUCUUUUUAUUAUUAAUACUGUAUAUUGUUAUAUUAUUGUGUAAUUGCUAUAGUUUAAUAAAUACUAAUUUAACCAAUCUUGUUUCAGCAAACAUUUUAAGUGUU